AUGUCGGAAUACUGGAAAUCGACGCCGAAAUACUGGUGCAAGCACUGCAGCAUCUACGUGCGCGACACGAAACUCGAGCGGCAGAACCACGAGGCGACCGGGAAGCACCAGGGCGCGCUCAAGCGGUUCCUGCGCGACCUGCACCGCGGCCAUGAGCAGGAGGAGCGCGAGAAGGAGCGGGCGAAGCGCGAGGUCGAGCGGCUGAAGGGCAUCGCGCCGGGGUCCUCGGCGUCGUCCUUCGCCGGGCCGCCGUCGUACUCGAGGUCCGGGUCGGGCGCGGCGUCAUCGGCGGCGUCGUCGUCGACCGAGGCGCAGCGGAAGCAGCAGAUGGAGCAACUCGCGGCGAUGGGCGUGUCGAUACCGACGGCGUUUCGGGGCGACAUGGCGAUGGCGGGCGAGUGGACGGUGACGGCGACAAAGGUCAUCGACGACGACGACGCGCUGCGGGAGAAGCCGGUCGAGGCCAAGGCGGUCGGGGUGCGGAAGCGCGAGCAGACGGAGGAGGAGAGGGAGGAGGAGGAGGCCGUCCGGGGCCUGUUCAAGAAGCCGAGGAGAUGGGGCGGCACCAAGACGAUGCCGGAGGACGACGCGGACCUCGACGCGCUGCUCGGCAGCAGCACGCUUCUACGGCCGGUGAAGAAGGAGGAGGAGGAGGAGGUUACGGAGGAAGAGCAGACAUCCGCCGGGACGAAGGACCUUGAUAUUACGAAAGAGGGCAUCAUGGGGGUCCCAGUCAAGAUGGAGGAGGGCGUGGGGGAUGCUGCGUCCGGAAACGAACCGGGCGCGCCUUCGAUCAAGAGGGAACCUACCGAGGAUGGUGCCGGCAAAGGCCUAAACUUGCCGGCACUGGAUGAGGACGCCGUGAAGAAGGAGGACGAAGGCAAGGAGGCGGUGGCGGCGGGCUCCAUGGAGGCCGCAGCGCCGGCUGUGGUGUUCAAGAAGCGUAAGGCCAAGAAUAUUCGCCAAAAGUAA